UCUCGAUAUAAAUCGGCCAGACAACCGUGAUCGAGCCUCAGCAAACACAACCAAGAACAAUACCACAAACUAGCCGGAACGCGAGUACAUCUUGGAUUAAUUCCUGAGCGAGAUCAUUAUGGCACAGGGGAUGCGGCGCAUUAUUGCUGUGGCGUGUGUGGUCAUGCUGGCGUGGGCGUCGACCGCGUCCGCGUUCGUGUUCAAGGCCGGGGGCACGGGCGAGUGGCGCGUGCCCGGCGCCAAUAACGUUGGCGCCUACAACACGUGGGCGGAGCACACCCGGUUCCGCGUCGGUGACGCCAUAGCGUUCACGUACCAGCCGGGCAGCGACUCGGUGCUCAUCGUCGACAAGAAGUCGUACGACGCCUGCGACACGGGCUCGCCGGUUGACAGGUUCGACGACGGCAACACGGUGUUCACCUUCACCAAGUCCGGCCCGUUCUACUUCAUCAGCGGCAACAAGGACAGCUGCAACCGCGGCGAGAAGCUCGUGGUCGUCGUCAUGGGGCCCCGUGCCGCCACCAACAACGGCACCUCCGCGCACGACGCGGCCGGGCUGGCGCCGUCGCCUGCUGACACCAACGGCCAGUUCUCGCCACCGUCGCCGCCACCGCCUUUCGGCAUCGAGAUCGCGCCCAGCCCCACGGAGCCGAAUGGCGCCGCUGCUGCCGCGAAGGGGACUCAUGGCAUUGCCAGCACGGCCGCGCUCGUCAUCGGGACCUUGUUCUACGCACUCGUUUGAUACUGCGUUUUGUCCAAAUUAACACGCGCGCGGGAAAUAUGCUUUGCUUAUGGAAAGUAUCAUGUAUCUACGAUUGGUUUGAUUAAGUUUGCUUGUAAUAUCUCACAUAAUAGUUGAUGUACUACAAUGUAUAAAUUAAAGUGUCGCUGAACAUUGUUACAAGUGAUGAGUUGAUGCCUUGUUAGCUUCAAUAAAGCUCUCAUUAUCGGAAA